AUGGGUGUGGCCGAUCAAGUUUCGCCGAUAACACAUCAUGAUACCCAUGAUCAUGAUGACUCCCUGAAGACUCAGGCUCUCGCUAUUGAGGCUCACUAUGGUGCCACUGCAGAGCACAAGAUGGGCUUGCUGCAAGCCAUCAAGACAUACCCCAAGGCAAUUGGCUGGUCUGCCCUGUUGUCGUCUACUCUUAUCAUGGAAGGCUACGAUCUUGCUCUCUUGGGCAACUUGUAUGCCUCACCGGCCUUCAACAAUAAGUAUGGAACAUACAAUGCCUCCAAAGGGAAAUAUGUCAUUUCCGCUGCAUGGCAGUCUGGCCUAUCAAACGGUGCUCGGGCUGGAGAGAUUUUCGGCCUUCUGCUCGCCGGUUGGGCAGCUGAUCGUUACGGAUAUAAGAAAACAACGGCUGGAUUCCUAGUCAUGAUGAUUAUCUUUACAUUCGUCCUGGUCUUUGCGCCCAAUAUAAAAGUCUUGGUUGUUGGCGAGAUUCUCUGUGGUAUUCCCUGGGGUGCAUUCCAGAGUGUAACCCCGGCAUAUGCUUCUGAAGUCGCUCCUGUUGUACUUCGACCGUACCUUACCACCUUAAUUAAUAUGUGUUGGGUUAUCGGCCAGUUCUUUGCCGUCGCAGUCAACAAGGGUUCAUCCAACCGUCAUGACGAGUGGGCAUAUCGCAUUCCCUUUGCUGUGCAGUGGGUGUGGCCGAUACCCAUUCUCUUCGGUGUCCUUUUUGCUCCAGAGUCUCCGUGGUGGCACAUGCGGAAGGGCGACAGGGUUGCUGCCAAAAAGUCGCUGCUUCACCUCACUUCACCAAACCAGCCUGGCUUUAAACCCGAUGAAACUAUUGCCAUGAUCGAGCACACGAAUGAGUCAGAGAGACUAGUCAAGGAGGGCGUUCGCUACACAGACUGCUUCAAUGGUAUCGACCUUCGACGAACUGAGAUUGUGGUUGGUAUUUGGCUUAUUCAAACACUUGGAGGCCAAAACAUCAUGGGCUACUUCUCGUACUUUAUGACCCAAGCUGGAAUGGACCCAAAGAACGCAUUUUCGCUUUCCAUGGGUCAGUACGCGCUCGGCAUGGUUGGCACAGCUGGAUCAUGGAUUCUCAUGACCAGAGUGGGAAGGAGGAAGAUCCACUUCGGCGGAUUAUGCUGCCAAUGCUUGCUUUUAUUCAUUAUUGGCUCUCUGUCAUUUUCCAAGGACAACAACGCCGUAUGGGCCAUUGGAGCGCUACUGGUCGUCUUCACAUUUGUCUAUGACUUCACCGUCGGGCCAGUCACAUACUCCUUGAUCUCCGAACUGUCAUCUACUCGACUCAAGGCAAAGACUAUUGUCUUGGCUCGCGCUGCAUAUAACGCAAGCAACAUUUUCGUCAAUGUCAUGACUAACUACCAGCUCUCAUCCACUGCAUGGAACUGGGGGGCUCGUGCUGCGUUCUUCUGGGCGGGAAGCUGUCUUCUGUCUGUUGUUUGGGUGUUCUUCCGGCUUCCAGAGCCAAAGGGUCGCACAUAUGCAGAGCUGGAUACCCUGUUCGAGCAACGCGUACCAGCCAGGAAGUUUGCAUCCACUCAGGUAGACCCGUACUCCAAUGAUCUCAGCGGCAAGGAGGAGACAGCUGUGCAUAUCGAAGAAAAGAUCUAA